GUGAGCGGAGGGGAUAAGCCACCUCAUGAGAAAUUAACCUCCCAAAGUUUCAUUGACUGAAAACACCGUUCACGUGAUCUGUAAUCCCCGGUUUCCCAGGUUGGACACAAAGCUCACACUGCCUACCUGGGAACCUACUGCAUACAAGUAACUAACAACAACAAUAAUAAUAACAACAAAUACAUUACUUGGGAAGACACAAAAAUGCCAGGUGAUAAUAAGUUCAUAAUGAAGUAACGAGUGUGUGAAUUCACAAUGAAGCCAUGCAUUCUAGUCUUAAAGGACAAUCACAUAAUAAAUAACUAUGACUUCAAAUUGUGUCAAACCACACAAUAGCCAUAUUGCAACACCAUAAGUUGAUCAAAUCUCAGAGCAUUAUGCAUAUGCAGGGCGGGGUCACAUAUUUUGUUUCUAUUUUUAAACAUACACAGAGAGACAGAGAGAGAGAGAGAGAGAGAGAGAGAGAGAGAGAGAGAGAGAGAGAGAGAGAGAGUCUGCAGUCUGCCUUGUAAAGCGAUUAGCAACUCGGAUGGUACUUUCACUCUGUCACUGUAUCCAGAGCAUCAUCUUUGCCCCAGGGUGGAAACAACAGCUCUACCAGCCGGGCCAGCAGCCGGCGACAUGGUGAGGGAUACCUCUGGGCACGUGAGGCUAUCCGCUCCAAGAAAGGGAGAUUAUGACCUUUUAUAAAGCCGUAUGGUGCAUAUAGGCUUUGGUUAGAUGCACUGAAAACAUGGUAAUAUCCUGCAUAUAUGAGUCUAAGUGAAUCUCUGAAUAUUACUCAGAAUUUAAAAACACAGGGAAGUCACCUUGACCCUUGUGCCCUGGACACGGUGCAGCCACAACCCCUGUCCUGAAAGGAUGGAUACUGUUAUAUGUUGUGCACAUGUGGUUCUGAAGCUCAGUAAGUUGAGUAUGAGAAGAAUACAGUCAGGGUUAGGGGUCUGAUUCUCACGUGGAGCCACUCAUGCUAAGAUGUAUAAACUAAAGGUACUAUAGGCUGUAACUCUCUGGACACAUUCGUCCACAGGCAGUGUCCACUGAACGGCGCACGGUGUAUACAAAACUGAAAUAUUGAAAAUCAGAAGCCCUGGUACUCCUGGCUGCGCUCCACCGACCUGUCUGCGCGUAUGUGACGCAUGGGAGGAGGGGGGGAGACUACUUAAAGGCGGAUUAACGCUGGCAAGACAUUAAAUCCAACCUCCCUCCAUCCAGACGCAGCGCGCAGCCCAUCAACCUGAUCUGAAGAUCGAAAAUAGGAGGGCUUAUAGUAAUCAGCCCUUCAGACUCCCAUGACAAGGAAAAGUGUGGCAACGUCGCGGGAGCGCUCGGCAAAUACACAGCAGGACGUUCGCUGGCGCUGCGCGCUCAGCACAUAACCAACCAGAUAGCGCGCAGAGACACGGACAGAAGCGGGGACGACGGCGGCGGCAGCAGCAGCAUCCCUGUGACGGAUGCAUUUUUUAGCUAAAUUCGGACGUUUUGGAGACUGACAACAACGAGACAGAGAGAGAAGCGGGAAGGGGAAUAACGCGCUUUUUUUUUUGGAGGGAUUUGAACAGAGUGCCGCUGUGCCCUAGUCUUCUCCGGAUGCUCAGAAAUGGGGGAAUGGACUAUACUAGAGAGGCUCCUGGAGGCUGCUGUCCAGCAGCACUCUACUAUGAUAGGAAGGAUCCUACUAACAGUGGUGGUCAUCUUCCGGAUUCUAAUCGUAGCAAUAGUUGGAGAGACUGUCUAUGAUGACGAGCAAACCAUGUUUGUUUGUAACACCUUACAACCGGGCUGCAACCAGGCAUGCUACGACAAGGCAUUCCCCAUUUCACACAUUAGAUAUUGGGUUUUUCAGAUCAUCAUGGUGUGCACCCCGAGUCUUUGUUUCAUCACGUACUCGGUGCAUCAGUCGGCCAAGCAGAAGGAGCGGCGCUACUCAACGGUCUAUCUGACACUAGAUAAGGAUCAAGAUUCACUGAAGCGAGACGAGAGCAAAAAGAUAAAGAACACCAUUGUUAAUGGAGUACUUCAAAACACUGAGAACUCCACCAAAGAAGCCGAGCCGGACUGUUUAGAAGUCAAAGAGAUCCCUAAUUCGGCCAUGAGAACUACAAAGUCCAAAAUGAGGCGGCAGGAGGGCAUCUCCAGGUUUUACAUCAUCCAGGUGGUUUUCAGAAACGCGCUGGAGAUUGGCUUUUUGGUGGGUCAGUAUUUCUUGUACGGAUUCAACGUCCCGUCGGUGUACGAAUGUGAUCGCUACCCCUGCAUCAAAGAUGUCGAGUGCUACGUCUCCAGACCCACGGAGAAGACAGUGUUCCUGGUCUUCAUGUUCGCGGUCAGCGGGUUCUGCGUGGUGCUGAACCUGGCCGAACUCAAUCACUUGGGCUGGAGGAAAAUCAAAACGGCCGUGCGAGGCGUGCAGGCUCGGCGGAAGUCCAUUUAUGAGAUCAGAAAUAAGGACUUGCCGAGGAUGAGUGUGCCUAAUUUCGGUCGCACUCAGUCCAGUGAC